AUGGGGUUUCCAAAUCUUCAACCAAUAUUGCAAAGCCUUCUGGAUUCAGGCAGAUACUCAGACCUGACGAUAUCAUGCGAAGGACAGAAGUUCCAGGUACAUCGUGCGAUAGUCUGUUCCCAAUCACCCUUUUUUGACGCUGCAGUCAAAGGAGGAUUCAAAGAAGCUUCUCUAUCCCAUGUUGAUCUACCAGAUGACGAGCUAGCAACUAUUCAACGGGUUGUCUCUUUUCUAUACCUUCAAGACUACGAAGACACAGAUAGGUCGCACUUUCAAAAUCGAAAAUGCCCUUCUGGUAUUGAUAUGGAACCUCAUGCAGCUAUGUGGAACAACCUCGGAGUGUUCAUGGCGGCCGACAAGUUUGACAUAUCGUGUCUGAAAACCCUCGCGAGAUCUCGAAUUAUGGAUUGGAUCGACAAAAAUGCAAAAAAAUCUCCAUUGAUUGUGCGAGAAAUCUGGAUCACCAUUCCGCCUCUUGAGACAGAGCUUCGAGACGCCAUAAUUAAGUCAAUUUCAUGCAACGCGCAGGAGUUCCUCACCUACAAUGAA